AUGUCUGGCCGUGGAAAAGGAGGAAAAGGGCUAGAAAAGGGAGGAGCAAAGCGUCAUCGGAAAGUUCUCAGGGAUAACAUCCAGGGAAUCACAAAGCCGGUGAUCAGGAGACUGGCGAGGAGAGGAGGAGUGAAGAGGAUCAGCGGUUUGAUCUACGAAGAGACGCGAGGUGUUCUCAAGAUCUUUUUGGAGAAUGUCAUUCGUGAUGCUGUUACCUACAUUGAACACGCUCGUAGGAAGACUGUGACAUCCAUGGAUGUUGUGUAUGCUUUGAAGAGGCAAGGAAGAACUUUGUAUGGAUUCGGAGGUUAA